AUGGCAUUUGCGGAGCAGCACCGGUGGGUCACGGUGCAGCAAAAGACAUUUACGAAAUGGCUCAAUACAAAGAUCGAAGUGAGGCACCUCGUCGUCAAAGACCUCGUGGCCGACCUCAGUGAUGGAGUUAUGCUCAUCCACCUUUUAGAAUGCCUGUCCAACGAGUCGCUCGGCCGGUAUGCGUCGAAACCGAAGCUUCGCGUGCAAAAGUUCGAGAAUGCAAAUCUGGCGCUCGACUUCAUCAAGCUACGAGGGAUCCAGAUGACCAACAUCGGAGCCGAAGAUGUCGUCGACGGCAACCGCAAGAUCAUCCUCGGACUGAUAUGGACGCUGAUCCUACGCUUCACCAUCAGCGACAUCAACCAGGAGGGGAUGUCGGCCAAGGAGGGUCUGCUUCUGUGGUGCCAGAGGAAGACUGCCUGCUACGACGAGGUCGAGGUCAGGGAUUUCAGUACGAGCUGGAACGACGGCCUGGCCUUCUGCGCCCUACUCGACAUCCACCGCCCGGAUCUCAUCGACUACGACUCGCUCGACAAGUCGGACCAUCGCGGAAACAUGCAGCUAGCCUUUGACAUCGCCCACGAGGAGAUUGGCAUCCCCAAGCUGCUCGAUGUCGAGGACGUCUGCGACGUGCCCAAGCCCGACGAGCGCAGUCUCAUGACGUAUAUCGCCUACUGGUUCCACGCCUUCUCACAGAUGGAAAAGGUGGAAAACGCCGGGCGCCGCGUCGAGAAGUUUGUCAACAACAUGCAAGGCGCUUGGGAGAUGCAGAGUGCCUACGAGCGCCGCAUGAAGGCCCUCCUCGCCGCCAUCAGGAAGCAGGUGGACGAGUGGCAGAGCGCCGAGUUCAAGGGCACCUACGCCGACGCCAAGGCUCAGGCUGCCGAGUUCAACGCCUACAAGAGGGGCCAGAAGCGCGAGUGGGUUGCGGAGAAGAGCGACCUGGCCACCCUGCUCGGAAACAUCAAGACCAAGCUCGGCACGUACCGCCUCAGGCCGUGGGAGCCUCCUGCAGACCUGACGCUCGACGCGUCGGAGCGUGUAUGGGCUAGUCUGUCGCAGACGGAGAUGCACCGUGCACAGCUCAUAAACGAGACGAUUCGAGAUAUCAAGAAUGCUCUCCGCAAGUCAUUCGCCGACAAGGCCAACGACUUUGCCAUGGCCCUCAACACGAUGCAGCUGGCCAUCUCAGGACUCGACGGAGACGUGGAGGACCAGCUUCAUCACGUGCGCAAGCUGAGCGACAACCUGCAGCCGAUGGACAGGUACCUGGAGUCGAUAGCAGCGGUGGACGCUCAGUGCGAAGAGGCCAACAUUGAGGAGAAUGACUUUACGACGUACACGUACGACGAGCUGGCGUACGAGCUGGGGCUGGUCAAGUCGUCGGUGUCCAAGAAGCUGGCGUUCCUGGAGAACCAGAUGGUGGCGCGCAGCAUGACGAACCUGACGCCCAUCCAGCUCGAGGAGUUUGAGAGCGUGUUCCGUCACUUUGACCGCGACGACAGCAACUCGCUGGCGGAGCUUGAGUUCGGCGCCGCCCUGGCGUCGCUGGGCCUCGUCUUCUCCGAGGACGAGAUGCACGACUACUUUGUCGAGACGGCCCAGGGUCGCGACUACGUGACCUUUGAGGGCUUCAUCCGCUUCAUGGUGGACGUGACGGAAGACCAGAACACGGCCGAGCAGGUGUUCCAGUCGUUCCGGGAGGUGGCCGACGGCAAGCCAUACGUCACCGAGAUGGACCUCCGACACAGUCUGGUCCCCGACGAGGUGAUUGACCAGCUCGUGGAGAUCAUGCCCGAGCACAACGGGCCCGACAUGUCGACUGACAGGGGCAUGCCGCAGUACGACUACAUCUCAUUCAUGGAGAAGAUGAUUAACGAGGAGCGUGAGAGGGGGGGGCGUGCUCUACAAGAAACCGAUGGGGUCAAUGGGUCGGACCGGUAA